AUGACGCAGGAUCACCGUGGUUUCAUGAAAGUCGAGCUGUCUGGCCCAGACUACAUUGCCGUCUACGUUGACGACCUGUUAAUUAUCGCCCGUAUCUCGGCUCACCUUGGUGCCAAAGCGACCAGUGGAAGUGUCGCCCCUAACCCGUAG